UAUAUUUUAAUUGUUCCAGGAACAAUAAUGAAGUAAUAAACUACUCAAAUCAAUAAUCAAAAUGAUCUAUUGGGAGAUUUUUAUCCCAAUUUUAAUCAUUUUAGAUUUUUCAAGAAAUGCUUCAGCAAUUGGAAUCUAUUUUACACGGUCACCUGAAUCAUUAGUAGCACCACUUCACGAUGAAGUAGUGUUUGACUGCACACUUAAUAUCAAUGUUGACAACAUAAAAUGGUUGCAUAACUCAAAGGAUUUCAUUCAUUCAGCUUCAGUACAUACCAACAGUAAUAGUAGACUUGUUGUUAAAGUAGAAAGUAUUGCAGAAACUGGUGAUUAUCAAUGUGUGGCUACCAUUGGUGCAUCCUCUUUGGCAUCCACAGCAGCAACAUUGAGUUUGGCUACUCUGAAAGAAUUUGAUAAUCGUACAUUAUCAUUAAAUGAUGAUAAAUUAAAAAUUACUGCAGGGAAUACAGUUGCUUUGAAUUGUGGUAAACCUAUUCAAAGUGAUCCACCUGCUUUAAUUCAGUAUUAUAGAAAUGGUCAACCAUUACUCAGAACUACUCCAGUAUCUUCAGCUGGAUCAGUACUGUUGAAAAAUAUUCAAUCUGAACAAACUGGUCACUACACUUGUUCAGCAACUAACAAUAUUUUAUCUCAAGUUAUAAAUUUAUCUAUGUCUUUAUACUUGGAUGUUCAUUCAAGUCAUACCGCACAAUCACCUAGGUUUAUAAGUAAACCGUCAUCGUUAUAUGUUGCUCAAAAAAAUUCAAAUGUCAGUAUUGAAUGUGCUCCAUACGGUGAACCAGUGCCUACAGUUAAAUGGCUUGGUAUUCACAAAAAUAUACUAAUGCAUGACAACAAAACCAAUAUUGAAUCAGGUUUGUUAACUAUACGCAAUCUUAGUAUUGAAGAUUCCGGUGUAUACGAUUGUAUUGCUGAAAAUAUACAUGGAAAAAUCAGUCAUUCUAUAACACUUCAAGUUCAAGAGUUGCCUUAUGUGAAGAAUGGCCCCAGUGAAUCUGUAGUAAUAAAUGAAGGCAGUUCUGAGACAUUAAAAUGUGAAGCUAUGGGAACACCACCGCCCAAAAUUAUUUGGUAUCUUAAUGGGAAACCAGUUAAUGAUACAAAUAUAAUGGUUAAAGGAAGCAUUUUAACUUUAAACAACACACACAAGUAUCAUGCUGGAUUUAUUCAAUGUUUUGCGUGUAAUAUCUUAGGAUGUUCAUAUUGGGCUGCUAUGAUUCAAGUCAAUCCAAAACAGAUCACACAACUUACUUCYCAACAACAUUUUUAUGAAGGUGAU